AUGAUGAUUGGAAUUGCUUACCAUUAUCUUUCUCAAGCAUUUCAAAAACACGGAAUAAAUAUUUCACGAAAUACUUCGUGGUAUAUAACGGUACCCAUUUUCGUGACACUGAUAUUAGCAACGGGACUUCAAAAUUUCCAUCACGAUCUAGACGAAGACUCCAUAGUUCCAACCGGAGGAAUUAUCGACAAGUACAAAUCACGAUUGAUGCAAUUGUUUCCCACUAAUUUUAAACGUAAUUUCGACCCGGCAAGAGUAUUACGGAACAUUCAUUACGGAACUGUCAUUGUCCAAGCUUUUGACGGAGGAUCGGUUCUUCGAGAAUUUAUCUUUCGAGAAAUCGUAAGUUUGGAUCGAGAAAUUCAAAACUUUGUUAUUAACGAGGAAGGUUGGAAAUACAAAGAUAUAUGCGCGAAGAAUGAAGGAAAAUGUUACGUGAAUAAAAUACUUCUGCUAGAAAACAAACUUAAAGAAUUCAAAAGUGAUACAUUCCGCUUGAAAUACCCCAAUGGCAAUAUUAGCAGAAAUUACGACGUUUUAACUUUGGGUGGUGUAGAAUUGAACGAAGAAGGUUACGUAUUAUCUGCCAAGUCUGUUAAAUUGUUCUAUUUUUUAUACGAUUCGAAUAAAUUAGCAGAAGAAAUAGCCAUAAAGUGGGAGAAUCGAUUCGUGGACACGUUGAAUAAACUGAACUUUUCUUAUAUUAAAAUUAAUAAAGACGUGUCUCAUUCCAGGGACGAAUCGAAAAAGCAACUUUUUCUGGCUACCCUUAAAUAUAUCCCGAGUUCUCUUGUAUUAAUGAUGACAUUUACCAUUGUAAGCUGUUUAACACCAGAUUUUCUGCGAAGUAAACCUUGGACCGGAAUCAUGUCCUCGGUAUCCACUGGGAUGAGCAUAAUUUCGGGAUUUGGUUUAUUACAGUAUGCGGGUAUUGGAGUGUCUCCUAUGGAAACAAUGGUUCCGUUUCUGAUUUUAGGUAUUGGUAUGGACGAUACAUUUGUCAUACUAAAAGCGUGGAUGAAAACCGAUCCCACGAAAUCUGUGCAAGAAAGAAUGGCCGAAACGUUCUCGGAAUCGGGCGUAUCUAUCACCAUUACUUCUCUUACCAACAUUGCUUCCUUUUCUGCGGGAAUAUUUAUCGCUACUAUUCCUAUGUAUGAAAAAUUUUGCAUGUUUAUGGCGGUGUGUUUGAUCUUCGAUUAUGUUUAUCAAAUUACCUUCGUUGCAGCCAUUCUAGUUCUUUGCGGAAGAGCGGAACAAUAUCGUUUACAUUCCUUGAUAUUCAUAAAAUUUCCAGAAAACGAAACUUUAUUACAGAGAAUUUUCUGUUUCGUACGUCCAGAAGAUUCGAAGAACGAAAAGGACAACAAACCCAUAGUCACUCUCACAAAAUUUGUCGACAUUUUUAACAAAGUGAUGAAGAAAAGGUUGACAGCAAUCGUUGUUUUGUUAGUGUAUUUUAUUUAUUUGGGAAUUUCGAUAUGGGGAUUAACAAAAUUUUCUUACGAACAAGAAUUAGACAUGAAUUUAGUUCACGGCACUUAUCGAUAUUAUUAUCAUAAAACGAAUGAAAAGUAUUACAAUCAAUACAAGUACAGAUUACAAUUGUACAUCACAGAGGAAUUAGAUUAUUCAAAUCCCAUUACUCAACGAAAUGUGGAAGAUAUGUUACAAACUCUCGAAUCGGAUCCUCUAAUCGCUGGAUCUUUGACCGAAUCCUGGUUCAGAAGCUAUUUACAGUUUAUUUCGGACAACAGAAUUAAUUCUUUUAUCAACGGAUAUAAUCUUACAAACUCGGAAGAUUUCAUUUUCGUACUUCGGAAAUUAUUCUUACGCAUUCCAGAAGCGAAAAGAUUCGGACACGACAUCUCUUUCAACGCCAACUUCACGAAAAUCGUUUCUAGUCGUUUCUUCUUUCAAACAAACAUUACGAAGAACGGAAGCGAUUUUUACAAUCAAUUUAAUAAUUUUAGAGAAAAGUUGAAUUCUUUUCCCUUCUCCACUGUCGUGUAUCAUCCAUUGUUUUACCAUUUCGAUAUUCUCGACGCCAUACCUACAACUACCAUUCAGACUUUAUGCAUUGUGUUGUUCACCGUUUUUAUUAUAUCCUGCACCAUGCUACCAAAUGUCAUUUGUAUCGUUUGUGUAUUGUUCAGCAUAAUUUCGGUAGGAGCCGGUGUUAUGGGUUUCAUGUUCCUUUUAAUUGUUGGGCUUAAUAUCACUUCUGUGUCUGUUCUGAUUGUUGUUAUCGGGUAUUCUGUCGAUUACGCCGCACACGUUUCCUGCGCGUAUAUAUCUGCCGCAGAGAAUUGCCCGGAUAAACGUUUGGAGAAUGCAAUAAGUAUGACGGCAACUCCCAUUGUACAAGGUAGUAUGACUACGAUACUCGCAAUUAUAGCGGCGUUAAACGUUUCGGAAAAAGAAACACUGUUGUCCAUUAAAAUUAUCAUCUUAGCCUGUAUAAUCGCAGGUAUUCAUGGGAUAGCGUUUGUUCCCAUAAUUAUCUCGUUGAUCGAUAGAAUUUUUCAAAAGUACCAUUAUUUAAGAAGCAAAUGGAAGAGUUCAAAGACCAACGCUAAGGAGACAGAGAGGAACACGAACACAUCCACGACACAAAGUACAGGAAUUAAUAUUAUCUACGUGACUGACAGUACUUUGUAA